AUCCUCUGCAGCUGCACUGCAUCACCUACAAACUACCUCGUUGUUCCAGCAUGCCUCGACAGCCUCGUUCGUUGCUUGGCCUUGCUAUAUCGCCGAAGCGCACAUCCUCUCCUGGACCUCCGUCACCCACGUUUUCAGACGCGACACACGCUUCUGCAAUGAAUUUUGGCGCGGACGGUCCUGAGAAGAUCAUUACCCGUGCUAACCUCAAAGUUAGCUUGCAGUCUUAUGAUGAUCUCAUGAAUGCGAGCGCGAAUUAUCGUGCUGCUUUACUUCAUAUGUCGAAAGUGACCUUUGCAUUUGCGGAUGCUUUGGAGAAAUGUUCUGGUUUGAAGGGACCUUCGUACGAAGCAGGCACAAGACUUCAGGCUGCCUCAGGACUUCAUCAUCUCAUUGGUAACCACUGGCAUGUCCUUGCGGAGACGCUUGAUAAGAGUUUCGAGAAACCACUGCGGCAGCAUUUGGACACAUACCGAACGAUCGUAAACGAGCGCUCCGCAUCAUACGAGAAGGCUCUUCGCGAAAAGAGUCAAAUCAUUCGCCAAACAGAAAUGAGUAACAUGAAUAAAAAGCAGCGAAACCUGCAAAGCUUCCGUGAAGCGCUUGUGGUCCUCCAGCGUCAAGUGGAUGACCUGGAUGGUCUCAAGGCGCAACACUACCAAGAAAUAAUGGAACACGAGGAAGAAGUCUGGGACGUGGUUCAAGGCAAGGUCUGCGUAGCCGUUCGCUCGACUAUGGAUGUAUUUGAUAGGUUCACGAGCAAAGCAUCGGAUUCCAUCUUGGAAGCGAUGCUCCAGUCUGUCCCAGACCCAUUUGACACGUAUGGACCCCCUCAGGCGGAGGACCAAAUUUUCACCAUUCUUCCUCCGCUGGCCGUAAUGGCUAAUGCACCCUCACCCUCGCCGAGCCCAUUGGCUAUCACGCCACCACCCCCGAGUUCUGACGUUUCCCCAGCGAUCAUUAAUAAUUCUUGGGCUCCAAAUGGGGGUUUCUACGCUACAACUUCGGAAUGGGCUGAUUCUGUCUACCCGUCUUCGACUCCUCCUCGGUCGACUUCACCCUCGGCUAACCUUAAGCGUCGUCAGUCGCAUCCGCCGACCAACACGCAUCAUGCACGGAAGUCAGAGUCUAAGCUUCGGAGUGUUCUUUCAGUCAUUGAUGAGACACACGUCCGUCAUGCGAGUGACGUUAUUGAUGCCUCACCCACUGAAGCCCAGGCUUCACCUCCCGAUAGAAACGGAGGUCCUCUUGAACCCGAUACGAAUUGGGAGUCAUUUACGUAUGGAGAGUCACCAUAUCCUUCCAUCACGGACGACGUGACUCCAGUUCAAUCCUCAUUAGUUGUCGAUUCGACAAUCAGAGAUGUGACUCAGACUAUCAUUGGGGAACUCGACCUUAGUCAAACUCCGUAGUUGACACAAUCAGAAGCACUACAAUUCGCACGUAUUCAAUAAUUGCAUAUUCGAUUUUUAUUGUUUGCUUUUACGACGAGAUAUGAUGAUAUAUGUAGCGGACAGACAGUUAACUAAGGACAUUC